GGCCGGGCGCGGUGCAUGCUGGUGAGGGUGUGUGAAUCCUCCGGGCCGCGCACAGCAGUGUGGAGCCAGCGGGCCGCUCUGUCAGGCGGAGGCGGAGGGUGACCCGAUAUAGGGCGACAAUGCCGAAUUUCUGCGCCGCCCCCAACUGCACUCGAAAGAGCACCCAGUCCGAUCUAGCCUUCUUCCGCUUUCCCCGGGACCCCGGCCGAUGCCAGAAGUGGGUUGAGAACUGCCGUCGGUCUGACUUAGAAGAUAAAACUCCCGAUCAGCUGAAUAAGCACUACCGACUAUGUGCUCAGCACUUCGAGGACUCCAUGAUCUGCCGGAGUAGCCCGUAUAGGACGGUGCUGCGGGAAAAUGCCAUCCCAACCAUAUUUGACCUGACGAGUCAUCUGGGGAACCCGGGCAGACAGAGGAAGAGGAUAAAAGAACUGAGUGAAGAAGAAAUCAGGACAUUAAAAGAGAGAAAACUGGAUGCCGUUGUACCUGAACAAGAGAACCAUCAAACAAACAACAAUGACACGGACAUACAACUUGUGGAAAUAGACCAGACUGAUAACAUGGCACUGACGACAGAGGAAAAGGAGUACAAAGACUACAUCAAAUCGUUGUUCGAGACUGUGUUGCUUAUGGGCAAGCAGAAUGUAUCAUUGGAGGGUCGAAAUUGUAAAACUCCCGAAGGGAUUUAUAGCCCAGACAACUUCCAAGCUCUUCUUGAGUACCGUAUAAAUUCUGGGGAUGAUGUACUCAGAAGACGAUUCGAAAUGCUUGCUGUGAACCAGGAAUAUUGUUCUCGGCUCCAACAAGAACAAAUCUUGGAAGUAUGCGAGAGCUGCAUAAGGGAAGAAGUUCUCCAUGAAGUAUGGAACUCCCAGUUCUUUUCCAUAUUGUGUGAAGAUGCUGUUGAUUUAGCAGGAGAGGAACACAUUCCCGUUUUCAUAAGGCAUAUUGACAACACGUACAACCUACGAGAAGAAUUUAUUGGGUUUCUCCCUUGCGUUGCAGAUGCUGAAGAAUUGGCCAUCAAUUUCCUUCUAACUCUUACAGAGAAGUGGGGCUUGAAUAUGGAAUUCUGUCGCGGGCUUUCUUGCAAUGCUUCCCGCAAAUUUUCAGCUAAAAUGAAAGUUGUGACAUCACGGUUGCUACAGAAGUACCCACAAACCACUUAUACUCUUAGUUCUUCUUGUGCCUUGAACUUGUGGCUUUCCAAAUCUACCCCCGUCUCUGGAGUUUCUGUAGUACUGGGCAUUCUUAAAGAUAUUUGUCUAUUUUUUAAAAGCUCUCCUCAACUGCAGGAAGAACUGGAAGGUACUAUAACGUCACUUUUUCGGGACAAUGUAGAGAAGGGUUCUGAACUCGUAGAAGUCUUAAAAUCAGACUGGGCAAGCAGACAUGAUGCGUUUGAGAUUAUAGUGACACUCCUUCAUUCGCUGAUUGUCUGCUUGGACAAAGUAGCUUGUGAUGACGGCUGUAGAUGGGAUGCCAAGAUCAGCAGCCAUGCAUUUAUCCUCUCAAGUGCCUUGACUGAUUUCGAUUUUGUGGCUACUGUCGUGAUUUUGAAAAAUGCCCUCUCUUUCACUCGAGCUUUCGGCAAGAACUUGCAAAGCUCUACCUCCGAUGUUUUCUCUGCCGCCAACAGCUUAACAGCAGUGUUGCACGCUUUGAACGAGGUGAUGGACAACAUCGAAGUUUACCAUGAGUUCUGGUUUGAGGAGGCCACCAAUCUGGCUGGUAAACUACAUAUCCCAGUAAAACUCCCGGGCCAAUUUCGGGAAUGCAACACUGCCAACUUGCACCAUGAUCUGACUUCUGAAAACUUUUACAAAGACGCCCUAAGCAUACCUACUAUCCAACACAUCAUUCAGGGGCUGAAGGACAUUUUUUCAGAACAACAUAUAAAGGCUCUUAAAUGUCUAUCGUUGGUUCCUUUUGUGAUGGGCCAGCUGAAAUUCGGCACCAGCGAAGAACACAACGCUGAUAAAUACAAAAGUGACCUUCCCAACCCAGACACCCUUUCCGCGGAGCUUCACUGUUGGCGAGUCAAAUGGAAACACCGGGGCAAAGACGUUGAACUUCCUACCACCAUCUUUGACUCCCUUCAGCUGCCUGAUAUCAAGUUUUUCCCAAAUGUUCAGGCCCUCCUCAAAGUCUUAAGCGUUCUUCCCAUCGUCACAAUGGAAAGUAAGUGUGAGAUGAGCAGGAAACGUUUGAGUUUCUACGUAGAGAAAACGCCGAAAGAACAACGUUCAAGCCACAUGGCGUUUCUAAACGUAAAUUAUGACACAAAACAUGACUUAGAUUUAAUGGUGGAUACUUAUAUGAAGGCAGUAGAGAGUAAAGACAAGCUCGAUUCCAUCCCACAGGACACGGAUAUUACAGAAGUUUGAUGUCAAAGG